AUGCACACUGUUUUUCGUGUCGAUGAUAUCAAACAGGCAGUCAGCAGCAAUCGUCUAUGGGAAGUUCAAUUAAGUCUCACAGGCGACAAUGAUCCACAAUUGGCUACUCUUACUGAACGCAUAAAAGGGGAGCUCGUUGGAUCCACAGGAUGGCAUCAACUGGGUCAUCUAAUGCUAAAAGUGGGUCACUUAAAUCAAGCUGAAGAACUUUACAAGGAACUACUGAAGCACUCGUCCAGCGACAGUGAUAGAGCACAUAUUUAUCAUCAGCUUGGAGGGUUGAAAGACGAUCAAGGACAAUACAAAGAAGCAGUUUCAUUUUAUGAAAAAUCACUUGAAAUCGAGCGAAAAACUCUUCCGGAAGAUCAUUCUUCAUUGGCUCCUACCUACACUAACAUCGGUGCAGUGUAUUACAACAUGGGUAAAUACUCGAAAGCACUUGAAUUUUACGACAAAGCACUUAAAAUAAGAGAAAAAUCUCUGCCUCCGAAUCAUCCCAAUUUGGCUACUUCCUACAACAACAUCGGUCUUGCGUAUAGAAACAUGGGUGACUACUCGAAAGCACUUGAAUUUUACGAAAAAGCACAUAAAAUCGACGAAAAGUCUCUGCCUCCGAAUCAUCCCGAUUUGGCUACUUCCUACAACAGCAUCGGUCUUGCGUAUGACAACAUGGGUAACUACUCGAAAGCACUUGAAUUUUAUGAAAAAGAUUUAGAAAUCACGAAAAAAUCUCUGCCUCCGAAUCAUCCCGAUUUGGCUACUCCCUACAACAGCAUCGGUCUUGCGUAUAGAAACAUGGGUGACUACGCGAAAGCACUUGAAUUUUACGACAAAUCACUUAAAAUAAGAGAAAAAUCUCUGCCUCCGAAUCAUCCCGAUUUGGCUACUUCCUACAACAACAUCGGUCUUGCGAUUGACAACAUGGGUAACUACUCGAAAGCACUUGAAUUUUACGACAAAUCACUUACAAUAAGAGAAAAAGCUCUGCCUCCGAAUCAUCCCUCAUUGGCUACUUCCUACCACAACAUCGGUGGAGUGUAUGACAACAUGGGUAACUACUCGAAAGCACUUGAAUUUUACGACAAAUCACUUAAAAUAAGGGAAAAAUCUCUGCCUCCGAAUCAUCCCGAUUUGGCUACUUCCUACAACAACAUCGGUGCAGCGUAUGACAACAUGGGUAACUACUCGAAAGCACUUGAAUUUUAUGAAAAAGAUUUAGAAAUCACGAAAAAAUCUCUGCCUUCGAAUCAUCCCGAUUUGGCUAGUUCCUACAACAGCAUCGGUCUUGCGUAUUACGGGAAAGGUGACUACCCAAAAGCACUUUCAUAUCUAGAAAAGUCACUUGCCAUCUUCAAAGAAUCACUCUCACCGACGCAUCCGCAUAUUAAAACAUUGAUAGAUAACAUUGACUCUGUGAAAAAGAAAAUGUAAACGUGUUUUUUUUCUUCUCCAUUCCUCAAUAAAUUGAUUUUGAUUGCUAUUCAUCUCACUGCUUGGCUUUUCUCGGCUCAUUUUCGCGUACACGCGCGCGAAACCAGGGAGACCCCCUGUAAGCCCGCAAUGGGUACACGCAGAGCGGACCACACCGGACUGGUAAGACAUGAUCAUAGGUGUGACGUACAUAAACGGCGACAGGGACCUACGAACAGACGGUCUUCCCGAGUACUCCACUGCUUUCUCCAACAUAGGCACAAGAGAUCUCCCUGGGGCAGAUUACGAAGCCAUCUGACGGGCUGUGAUAUAAGUUAAUACCUCACUCUACUACUACAACAAAGAAAAACAAAAAAUAUUCCAUCUGGAAUAGAUUACAUGUCUACCUUAUCAAAAAAAUAACUUGAAAAGUUCUAUUGGCCAUUAGAACUUUUCAAUUUAUUUAUAUUUAUUCGCAUCUCAAUAAGCAAAAAAAAGAGACUAAAUUUAGUUAGUAACUGUCUUAUCUCUCUAUUCUCCUUCUAUAUAAAAAAAACUAUAGCAACAUACCCGAUUUGAAAUUGAAAUAUAUAAAACAUUACGUAAGUUAAUAAUACAUGUUAACAUUCAAAUUUGGAACAUUGUAAAUAAUGAUACGGUACCGUAUGAUUGUAUAAAUUGCAUUAUCAUAAUUAUGUUUCAAUAGAAUGAUUUCAUACAAGAAAAUCAUUCCUUAUAUAUGUUUCAGACAUGAACUUUUAGUCAAUGAUGAUCAUUGUUGAAUAAUUAAUCAAUGACGUUACACUGUCUUUUUUUUCCACCAAUUAAAAGAUUGAUGAUCGAAAUCGAAAAGAAAACAAUUCAUUCUCAUGAACUCAAUAAUUGAUGAAAUGAUCAUUGUCAUCUUUGUUUUCGU